GCCGUGGCCGUACUGCUAAUGCUCGUUCUGGGGGUUUUGUGCAGGACUUCCCCCACCCCCAUCCCAACCCCAGCUGUGGAGCUAUCAGUCAGCGGAGCGAGGCGAAGCUCCGGACUGCAGCAGGAGCCGCGGCUGUCGCGUCCACCCACCGCAGAUCGGAGCCUAAGUCUUUGUUAGCAGAUGAGUUGCAGCGCAGGGCGAUGAGAUCUCGCUUGGAUCUUAAUUUCCAAGGCGAAGAGCGCUUUAUCCUUCCGCUGUGUGUUUACUUCCUGACGCAGGAUUCUUCGUCGCAGCUGAAGUUUUCUGGAAGACUUAAAAAUGCAGAAAAGGAAUUUUCUUGUAUGUUUAUUUGCUGCUCGGAACGAAUUGUUCCAGGUGGAGACGCAUCAGUAGUGUUUUCUAACGGCUUCCCUCAAAGUUUCUUGUCUUGUUCUGCCCACCUCCCCCGGCUUCAACCCACGCCGCUCAGCAUGUUCUGACAGCCCGCAGGUAAUAGUUAUCUCCAAGCUCCUUCUUCAUCGGGGUUACAGGUAGGGCUACUUGAGCUGACCCGCCUCACUGCUGAUCCCCGCGAAUCAGCUCCGGGAACAGCGGCAGCCUGUGUGGAGCUCAACGCGCUCCCAUCAUCAUGGAUCCCUCUGGAUGUAAACAUCUACCAGCCUGGGCCAGGUCAUCAUCUGGGCUGUGGAAAACAUAUCUGGGAUUACUGGUGCUGCUUCAUCUGGUGCUCCACGCCGGGACUUCGUCGGCGCCCUGCGAUAAGAGCUGUUUUUCAGGGAAGUGUGUCAACGGGAGCUGCGUGUGUGACCACGGCUGGGUCGGGGAUCAGUGUCAGCACUGCCAGGGAAGAUUCAAGUUAACAGAUCUGUCAGGUUCUCUCUCAGAUGGUCCAGUUAACUACAAGUACAAGACCAAAUGCAGUUGGCUAAUUGAAGGAUACCCUAAUGCGGCGCUCCGGCUGCGCUUCAAUCACUUUGCCACCGAGUGCAGCUGGGACCACAUGUAUGUCUACGAUGGCGACUCCAUUUAUGCUCCCUUGAUUGCUGUGUUCAGUGGUUUGGUGGUGCCGGAGGUGAAAGGGAAGGAGUCGGUACCCGAGGUAGUGACGACGUCCGGGUAUGCCCUGCUCCACUUCUUCAGCGACGCCGCAUACAACUUGACUGGUUUCAACAUUGCCUACUCGAUAAACUCCUGUCCCAACAACUGUUCGGGCCACGGCCGGUGCAGCGCAGGGAAUUCAGUGGCGGGCCGCGUUUAUUGUGAAUGUGAUGAGUACUGGAAAGGUGAGGCCUGCGCCGUUCCGUACUGCAGGGAUGACUGUGGCAGCCCGGACCACGGCUACUGCGACCUGACCGGAGAAAAGCUCUGUGUCUGCAACGACAGCUGGCAAGGUCCUGACUGCACCAUCCCUGUCCCCUCCAUGGGGGCCUUCUGGAUGCUGCCCAGCAUCAAACCGUCGGCUCAGUCCCUGGGCCGGGCCUCCCACCGAGCCCUGGUGCAUUCUGGGUUGAUGUGGGUGGUUGGAGGCUACUCCUUCAACUACUCUAACUACCACAUGAUGCUCAACUACAACCCGGACACCAGCGCGUGGGACGUGGUGCCAGCCAGCAACGGACCCCUCUACAGAUAUGGACACUCUCUGGCUCUCUACCAGGAUUGUAUCUAUAUGUUCGGUGGAAAGCUGGAGACAGGCCCUGCUAACAUCACAGACGAGUUGUGGUUGUUCAACAUCCCCACUCGUAGCUGGUUGCCACUGAAACCAGCUUCAGCACCUCUUUAUGCCCUGGAGGGCCACACGGCUCACGUGGUCAUCCUGCCUAAUGGCGACCCAGUGAUGCUGGUCUUCUUUGGCUACUCUCCCAUCUACAGCUACAUCAACAAAGUUCAGGAGUACAACAUCAGGUCAAACUUGUGGCAGGUUGUGUCUGUUGGAGGCGCCGUGGUUCAGGGAGGUUAUGGCCACAGCAGUGUGUAUGACCAGGCCAGUGGCUGUGUGUAUGUCCAUGGGGGAUACACGGCGCUGAGCCACAAUAAAUACGGCCUUGUGGACCACAUGUACCGCUACAGCGUCGCUACCAGAACAUGGUUGAUUCUCAGGGAGAGCGGGUUGCCGCGGUACCUCCACUCCGCGGUGCUGUUGAGUGGCACAAUGCUGGUGUUUGGAGGAAACACUCACAAUGACACAUCGCUAAGUAAUGGAGCCAAGUGCUUUUCUGCUGACUUCUUGGCAUAUGAUAUAGCUUGUGAUAAAUGGACGGUCCUUCCUAGACCAGGACUCCACAGAGACGUCAACCGCUUCGGACACUCUGCUGUGGUCAGCAAUGGCUCCAUGUACAUCUUCGGAGGCUUUUCGGGUCUGCUUCUGAAUGAUGUGCUGGCCUACAACCCUCCAUCCUGCCAAGCCUUCUUGUCCCCAACUCUGUGUUCGGCAGCUGGGCCGGGAGUUCGCUGCUUCUGGGUGAAAAACAGAUGUCUCCCAUGGGAGUCCAAAAAGCACGAUCAUAUUGUCCCGACAUCUUUCUGCCCCACACGACCCGACAGCACAGACGAACAGUGCAUCCACUUCUCAGACUGCGCCAGCUGCACAGCCAACACUCGGGGCUGCCAGUGGUGCGAGGACAGGAAGUGCAUCGCCGCCUCGAGCAACUGCACUGUGCUGACUCUGGAGCUGGCCCUGCAGCAUGGUGGCGCUCUGUCUCUGUCUCCACCUCCAUCCAUGUUGUCUGAACAUCAGCUCAGCUUAUGGAAGCAUGGCGCGCGAAGGAGGGGACAUUCGGUGAGAGACCCGUCCAGGUGCAAGCGGCGGGAGGAGCAGGAGUGUUUCCGACUGACCAACUGCAGGAGCUGCUCCCUGAACAGCAACUGUCAGUGGGAGGUGCAGCAGCAGGAGUGCCAGGUGCUGCCUGGGCAGCUUUGUGGGGAUGGCUGGUACCACGUCGGGGACGUCUGCCUGAGGAUCAACUCCAGCAGGGAGAGCUACGAUAACGCACAGCACUACUGCAAAAACCUGGGAGGAAAUAUAGCCUCUCUGCUCACAGACAACCAAAUUGGUUUUGUUCUGGAGGAGCUACACAAGUAUGAGCUGGAAAAUCAGAGGUUAUCUCCGUGGGUGGGCUUGCGGAAAAUCAACGUGUCCUACUGGGGCUGGGAGGAUGCGUCCCCAUUCACCAACAGCACUCUUCAGUGGUUGCCGGGGGAGCCCAGUGACUCAGGCUUUUGCGCCUUUUUGGAGAGAACGGAGUCGGCCGGACUUAAAGCCAAUCCCUGCACCGCCACCACUGACGGCCUGAUAUGUGAAAAAGCUGCUGGGAGUCUGCACAGUCAAAACGCUCGUCCCUGCAAGACGCCAUGCGCCCUGCGGACCAGCUGCGCCAACUGCACCAGCCAGGCUAUGGAGUGCAUGUGGUGUGGGAGCACCCAGCAGUGCGUGGACUCCUCGGCGUACAUCAUCUCUUUCCCGUACGGCCAGUGUAUGGAGUGGCAGACCCAGGAAUGUUCUGCUCAGAACUGUUUGGGUCACAGGACCUGCGCUGAGUGCCUGGAGAGAGUCGAGUGCGGCUGGUGUGGCGACCCCAGCAACACCGGCAGAGGCGUGUGCAUGGAAGGUUCCUAUCGUGGGCCUUUGAAGCCUUCAAGUACCAGGUCUGGAUCCAGACUGCGGGACAGGGACAUGGUGGUAGAUCAGAGCCUCUGCUCUUCGGACAGAGGCUACAAUUGGGCUUUUAUCGAGUGUCCUGCGUGUCAAUGUAACGGCCACAGCAGGUGUGUGAACAGCAGUGUGUGUGAGCACUGUGGGAACCUGACAGCAGGGACGCACUGUCAGGCCUGCAUCCCUGGUUACUAUGGAGACCCCACCAAUGGAGGAAAGUGUAACGUUUGUAAGUGUAACAACCAUGCCAAUUUGUGCCACGUCAGCUCUGGAAAAUGCUUCUGUACCACAAAGGGCAUCAAGGGAGACCAGUGUCAGCUAUGCGACUCAGAGAACCGAUACCUUGGUAACCCUCUCCGUGGAACCUGUUACUACAACCUGCUGAUCGACUACCAGUUUACUUUCAGCCUGCUUCAGGAGGAUGACCGCCACUACACCGCCAUCAACUUUAUGGCCACACCAGAACAGGCCAACAAAAACCUGGACAUGUCCAUCAACGCCUCCAACAACUUCAACCUAAACAUCACCUGGUCCUUCAGCUCAACAGCUGGUACCAUAUCUGGUGAGGAGAUGUCUGUCAUAGCGAGGACCAACAUCAAGGAGCACAGGGACAGCUUCUCAUGUGAAAAGUUUAACUUCAGGCUUCACCACAAUAUCACCUUUUACAUCUACGUGUCCAACUUCAGCUGGCCAAUCAAGAUCCAGAUUGCUUUCUCCCAGCACAACACCAUCAUGGACCUGGUGCAGUUCUUCGUUACCUUCUUCAGCUGUUUCCUGUCGUUGCUUCUGGUUGCUGCUGUGGUUUGGAAAAUCAAGCAGACCUGUUGGGCUUCCCGGCGUAGAGAGCGAGAUGAGGUCAGAGCUCUUGCUGAUCAGAGAAAACUGAAUGAAGAUUUCACUUUUCAGCAGCUGAUGAGAGAACGGCAGCAGAUGGCCAGUCGUCCCUUUGCUUCGGUUGCCGUGGCGCUGGAGGUGGGCGGCAACCAAGAGGAGCUGCAACAGGUUUGUCUCGGCCCUGUUGAAUCUGGUUCCCUCUGGAGUAACUUCCCUUAUCUCUGCUUCAGUCUGGUUUCCAUUUCACUCUGGAAGGCGGUGCCGAAGCUCUUUGCCAUGGAGCCGUGCUGGGGCAGCCGAGCAGGAGUCCUCACUGUGCUGCUGCAUCUCCCAAGACUCCCAUCUGGAAUACCUCCACCUGGACAGUCUGGUAUCGCCAUAGCGAGCGCUCUGGUGGACACAUCUCAGCAGCGAGUGGUGGACUCUAAAGAAAGAGGCCUCGGUCUGAAGCACCGCAAACACAUCGUUCACCAUCAGGGGACCUGUGUAUGAAGGAUGUGAAGGGUUGACCCUGGUUGACUUUUGAACUACACACUCCGGAAUAUUGAUUAGAAAGUUGAAGAUGGACAGCAACUUGUUGAUUCUUCUGUGUUAAAGGUCAUUGUUUUCCCUGUUUUUGUCACAUCUUUUUAAACAAGAAAAGGCUGUUUUUCAAUCUGUAAACCCAACCAAAUAUCUCAACAACUCCAGUUAAAUGGUUAAAAUCCUCAUGACGUUACUCAACAGUAAGCUGAUGUUAUGCCAGUGUGAGGAGUUUUAAUUAUCACUGAAGGACUGCGUUUUGAUCUCUGGAUUUGACGGUUGAAUGGUUAUUAGUGAAACAUUUCUUUUUCCUGCACCAUUGAACUUGUAGAUUUUGAUAUUUGCUCAGGUCCUCUGUGAUUGGGAGAUUAUGUCUGAAUGCACUGAAAUGCUUCAUCCGUACUUUUAUGCAAACAUAAAACGUGCGUUUUUUUUGAGAAACCACACAUUUCUCUCAAAAAGACCACUAAUUCACAAGACUAUUUAUUAAUCACUGUGAAGCAACAUAAUCCAACUUUACUCUUUUUUUGUUUGAUUGCAACAUAUCAAAACAUAAACUAUUUAUUAAUUAUGCAAAAUUAAUGUAAAAAAUUGACCAGGUUUUACAAAUGCACUUUUUUUACUUACAACUAAUUUUAUGGAAUCUGUACAGUUUUACCUUUUGUGCUUGAACCCUCUGGCUCUUUAUCAACUUAGUGAAUAAACAUGAAAAUAACAGCAGGAUUUGUAUGAUGUCAGACUUUUUUCUCUCUACGAAGCUUCUUCAAUGUUGUAAAGUAACUUGUAAACUGCAGAAAUUGCUGUAAAGCUACAAUGCGAAUUGAUACACCCCUAUUGUCCGUCUACCAUUGUCCGUAUUGUCCGUAUUGCCACUGGCUUAAUGAAUGGUAGCUCACAAAACUGUUUUUGUCCAUCUGAGCAAAAACAAAACUCUGUACAAAUAAAACCUUUUGAUGCAUCUUUGUAUCAGGCUGGGAUGUUCUGUGGGCGUGUCAAUCUUUUUGACAGCCAUGAUGAAAAAUGGUAAACUCACCAUGCAACAGGAGGAACCAAAACAAAACACUACACAACAAGAUACUGAGUUCAAAGGUCGAGAGACAAAAUGUUCAUUAGAAAUGAAAUAAAACUCAAAUAAAAGU